AAUUCAAUAUAUCCAUUUCUUCAACCCCACUUAAAAUUUAAGGCUUUUUUUCUUUUUUCUUUUUAAUUGAUCUCAAUAGUUCAGAGCAAUAUCUACCCGUAUCAAUGGCGGAGCAAGCGGUGCAAAAGCCACUUAACAGUUCAUCUGAGUCUGAAAAUGGUGGAAUAUUGGAGAAAACCCCACCACUCCAGGACCAGAAAAUUGAUGAGAAUAUUCAAGAAGAUUCAGGCAAAGAUUUGAAAAAAGCAUGCACCCCUGAUAGGCUUAAAGUCCCCAAGGCAUUCAAGUUCCCUGAAAGGUAUAGAAGUCCAACCGAUUCUAUGAUGUCCCCUGUUACAAAAGGUCUUCUUGCAAGAAACAGGAAAGCUGGAGGUUCACUCUUACCACCUAGUAUAAAUCAAACUAAGAUCCAUGAAUUGCGUGUUCAAGAUGUUGGUCUUUCUCACAACUGAACAAGCUAAAACCAGAUGGAUUUGUCUGAAAUGAAAUGGUGUUAAUGUCAAUAUAAAUUACAAGCAAAAAGAAUGCUGUUUAUGGGAUGUAAUCUCUUUUUUUUUUUUUGGAUGCGAAAUCUUGUUCUAAUAAUAACAUAUUUUUGGUAGCUGAUUAAUCAUAA